AUGGUGUCGAAGGGGUUGAUGGGCUUCUGGGCCUUUCUUGAUCUUCUCCUGCUGGGUGCGGGGGGGAUGAGUAUUGCCGUGUCGAUCAUGUGGAGAAAACCAGACGAACUGAUGAACCUCACUAUCCACGACGACUUCCUAACAGCCGGGAUGGUGUUGGGUAUCGCGUUGUGUGCGACGUUCGUCAUAUCGUUGGGGGCAGUCAUCCAGCGAAACCACAUUACUAUCGGUUUCGUCAUCCUCAACUAUGUCCUCAUCAUCGACUCGAUCAUCGUACUCGUGGUGGGGACAAUGAUCUGGUUUUUCUCUCUCCGACAACGAGCUGAAUUCCACACGCGAUGGAGUGCCCUACCUGCUGUUGACAGAAUCACACUGCAAGACCAGCUCAAAUGCUGUGGUUAUUUUAACGCGACGGACACUGAGGUUGGUGGCAAUUUCUGUGUGUCUCAAGACUUCGCAAAUCGCCUUGCAACCAAUGUCACCACAAACUUUUGUGUUUCCCCCAUCACCAAGUUCACCGAUUAUACUCUGGAAAACACGUUCACGACCAUCUACGGCUACAUGUCCAUCGUUCUCAGUCUUCUUAUCUGCUCGUUGUGUGUCAUAAAAAAGAGACAAGAAGAAGAACGCUUCAAACGGAUUGACGCCAAACGAGGGGGCGGGGGAUUCGUGUGA